CUCCUAAUUCUUGUUUCUUCGAUUUUGCUUGUUGAAUUUGAAAGGGUUUUGCACUUCUCUUCCAUUCUUGUUCUUCUUAAUCGAUGGCUAAAGGUCUUGAAUAGAUAUUGGUGGGAUGGAGUCUGUUGUGUGUGAGUGAGGAGGAGGGAUUACCGGAACAGUAGUUCCGGCGGCGUGGUGGCUGCCGGCAUGUCUGUUGCUGUGUUUUUUAUUUUCCCCUGUUUUUGACAGCAGCAGGGUCGUAUCUUGCGAUCCGUUUUUCAUCUGUUUUCUGUCAUCAAACCCCAUCAAUAUAGGUACCAUUGGAAAGCUAUCGUCGUUGGCUUUCCAACGGUACCUUCGGAUCGUCAAUCCGACACCGGACGAGGGAGUUAUGAGCCAAUCAAGUCAGGGUGUCGGGUCUGUGCGCGAAGGUUUCCGCGCGAGUUUGAGUCGACCUUCCGGCGUCAAAUCGAUGCCGUGAGGGAGAAUAAGUUUAGGGGUUUUGUAGCUCAUGUCGUAGACGUUCUAAUCAUAGGUUUUCUUCUUGAGAUCUAAGGUCGAAUUGGCCAGAAUAGACGUCGAGAUGUAGCUCCAUAUGUGUCGAAUAUGAGUUUUAAUAUGUUAUGCUUAUUUUAAUUUUUAUUUGGGAAUUUGAAUUAGAUUUUUGAUGAUUGUUUCACCUUGAACACAUAAAUAGAUAAUCAAGACAUUUGCUUUUAAUAUUAUUAGCCAAGAAUUGAAAUAAAUUAUAAGGAUUAUGGUGAUCUAAACUUAGUAUAUUAUAUAAUUAAAUGAUAUGAUUAUAAUGAAGUUAGAUUAGUAUAAUUUAUACUAGUAAUUGAAACUAUGAAUUUAUAAUUUGUAGAUUCAUAAAAUGUUCAAAUAUGGUCUUCGGCUUCAAGUGUAUUGUAGAAUUAUCAAGAAUAUAUUCAAGAGAGAUUAAAAAUAUUGUUUAAAGAAAUGAGAGCUUAUUCAAGAAUAAGUGCUUGUAAUGAAACUAAGUUUAAAGUGUUUCAAGUGCUAGGAGCGGCGCAUCCAAGGCUCGAGGAGGACAACCGAAGCAAGCUUGAAGAGGUUUGAAUUCAAUCACUUAAGGUGGGGUUUACUUUUAUCUGUAAGCGUAGUUGUUACAUGGUUAUAAUCAUUGUUGUGUUGUGCGUCAUUCAUAUGAACUAAUGGGACCCACAAGGGGUCGGAUCCACAAGGGAUCAAAGAGCUGAACGGCCCACAAGGGGUCAGGUCCACAAGGGACCGAGACUAGUCUCACAAGAUGUCAGCUAAGUGAAAAAUUAUAAGAGUUCAACAUGUUAUGAUUCAUUACACAAUUGGUUAUAACUGCUUGCAGUGUUUACCCCACUGAGUGUGCUUGCACACUCAUACCCUAUUAUUUAUGAUUCUUUUCAGGUUAAGGAGUUGACGGCAAGACGGCAGACAUGGAGCUCCACAUUCUCCCGUUCUAUUAUAUGAUGAAGUAUUAUAUGUUGCUGUUUUUGCAUCUCCUAUUCGCAAGGGAUGGGGGCGUUACAAAAGUGAACGUCCCUAGCGGCGGUGUGAAGAAGCCGACGGGAAAGGGAAAGUGCUUCAAGUGCGGCAAGACUGGGCAUUGGAAGAAAGAUUGUCCGAUGCUCAAGGCAAAGGGACAAGGGCUUCAAGCCGACAAGGGAGCUGGAAAGUGAUGAGAUCACCAUCUCCAUGGGCAAUGCGUCGAAGGUCGCAGCUGUUGCUAUUGGAGAUUUAUCUUUAUGUUUUGGUGAUGACAUUUUAGUUUUGAGAGAUAUUUUAUACGUGCCGGAUUUUCGGCGGAACAUAAUUUCUGUUUCAAAAUUGUUUUUGGAUGGAUAUUCUGUUACUUUUGAUAGAGGCGUUUCUAUCAUGAAAAAUAACAUGACUAUUUGUUCUGGAA